CUUGAAUCGUAUUCGUAAUAUCGUGGCAUUAGUUAAAGCACUACAAUUGUACAGCUUCUGUUUGCAGGUUGCAUUUAUCUUUGGUAAAUUCAGAGGUUUUGCAAGCUAAAAUAAAUGCAGAACUCUUGAGCUUAUUGCAGACUUUUUGUACUAUUAACGAUAUCAGAUUUUUAAUAAACUCAAAUCGAGGCAAGUGUACAAUGGCGGAUAAAACUCAUUAUCGGCAAUCCGUACAACAUCAUUCAAAUGUCGCUGAAGCUUGUGAUAUUCUAUGUGGUAUAUCGAUACAGUUUGCCCGUAAAUAUCUCUAUUUAAGAACAGAUCGGAAAGCUAUCUUCCAUCUACUGGCAGUUUUUCUGUUGUCACUUUUCGCUGCUCUUGUUCCUUUACCCGAUCAUUAUUAUUUUGUGAAGAAGAAUAAUAUUUUGAACAAUUACUUUGUUAAACUGGGUUGGUUCUGGACAUGUAUCGUUGUAUGUCCAUUUAUUUGGUAUAUUUCGACUGCUAUUGGGCAAAGCAUGUCUGGGAUUAUACAGAAUUUAAGCCGAAUGGUAAUCGCCACAAUAGUAUGGUACUAUUGCACUCAUUCAUUUGUGGUAUUUGAACAUAUGACGGGCCACUGUUAUGGGUCUGAGCUGAGUCCUCGUUCGUCGUGUUCUGUCGAUGGUGGUAAGUGGGUCCCUGGCUUUGAUAUCAGUGGUCAUUGCUUUAUCCUUAUUUACAGUUCUCUUAUCAUAUGUGAAGAAGCAUUAGCAUUCCGUAGCAUAACAAUAGUUCAUCGCACUCGAAGGACGCCGUCGGUUAAAAACGAAAAUCUUAUUCGAAUUUUCUUCAUUUGUAUGUGUGUUCUUCAUCUACUUUGGGAUUUCGAAUUGUUGAUCUCGGUCCUUUAUUACCAUCAUAUAUAUCACAAAGUGAUGGGUGCAUUGAUCGCCAUUCUUUGUUGGUAUUUUACCUAUCAUAUUUGGUACAGGAAGGUUGGAAUUCCACCGUUGCCAUUACAGCUUCGUAAAGUGAUGUAA